ACCAUCAAGAUGGCGCAACCGAUCACGUGCAAGGCCGCAGUGUGCUGGGGCGCGAAGCAGGACUUUGUCAUUGAAGACGUCAUUGUCGGCGCCCCGGCCGCGGGCGAGGUGCGCAUCAAGAUCACGGCCACCGGCGUCUGCCACACGGACGAGUACACGCGGUCGGGCGCGGAUCCGGAGGGCAUCUUCCCGUGCAUCAUGGGCCAUGAAGGCGCCGGCAUCGUCGAGAGCGUCGGCGAAGGCGUCACGUCGCUCCAGGUCGGCGACCACGUCAUCCCGUGCUACACGCCGCAGUGCCGCAACUGCAAGUUUUGCAAGUCGAACAAGACCAACUUGUGCUCGAUCAUUCGCUCGACGCAGGGCAGCGGCCUCAUGCCCAACGGCACGUCGCGCUUCACGUGCAAGCGCAACGGCGAGACCAUCUACCACUUUAUGGGUCACGUCGACGUUCUCCGA